AUGCGCACACGCAGCUUCGGGACCACAUCACCAGCCGGAGCUGAUAUUAACCAGCGCCUUGGUGCACAGCCUGCCAAACUUGCACCUGAGGUUCAAGCUGUGCAGCAUGCUCGUUUAGAGGCCAUCAGGGCUAAACAGGAAGCUGUUGCUGAAGCCGAGGGCACUGAAGCUGUCGAGCGGCGCUUGGCGCCCAACGCGAGAACAGCUGGUCGCCCCCGCAAGCAUGUCAAGGCAACCAUUCCGGGCGCUUUGCUGAAGUACGUGCCCGCCAACUGCACGUCUGUGGCUCAGCCCUGUGAUGUCGGGCUCAACAAGCCCUUUAAGGACGGUUGGGAGCGCUGCGGCUUGCUGGAGGCCUUUACUGCCGAGCGUCAGAAAAAGGCUUUGCGUCUCGAGCGUGCUGGAGAGCUUUUCCCUGAAGCCCAUAGCAAGCGCCAGGCUGGCGCUGAGGCGACGGCGGCUGAGCUUAUGCCUGGACUGGCAGGCGGUGAACCUGUGGCAACCCAUGCUGUGGAGGCCGACCCCUCUGCAUGGCCCUGCGACUCUGACGACACGGACGAGCAGCUGGAGGAGCUGUUCACCGCUAUCACAGAGGAGCAGACACAGUUUGACGCGCUAACACCCGAGGAGGUCGAGAAGCUGCGGACUGGUGAGCCCGACGGUCUGGAGGGGCGCUUCAGGCGCCGGGGCAAGUGCCGCGCGCUGAUUACUUUGCUGUAA